GGCAGACAUCAAUACUUUGGAGAUUGUAAAAAGUCGUUGCGAUUCUCAGUGCGCCGCUUUUCUCCUUAUGAGUUAUCCUACCCAUUUGCCCUUACUGACCUGCUCACUUUUUCCAUCGAAGACGAGAAAAGUGGUUAGAAAAUUAGAUAAAAGGUUGAUGUUGGAGUGUUCAGGAUUCCGUGACCCUUUGAACGCACCAGUCGUCAGCGUCACAGUGCGCAUGAGCAAGUUAAGUGAAAGCUGGCGCGAAACAACUAUAGUUGGGAUUGAGAACUCCUUUCUACUAAGCCUAAACGAGCCAAUGAUAAAAGUACAUUAUACCACAGUUCAGCCAUUUAAACUGGUCAAACAGAAGAAGUACCUCUCUGGAUUUUAAACAACAACAACAACGAUUUUCGUCUAUGCUGCUGCCGACUGACGCCAGAGGACAGAAUGCCUUCACUGACUCUCAGCGGAGUGACUGUAAAUUUCCCUUUUUCUCCGUACGAAUGUCAGAAGGCAUACAUGAACAAAGUAAUCGAAUGUCUUCAGAAGAAAGUCAAUGGUGUUCUGGAGAGCCCCACAGGCACAGGUAAGACUUUGUGCCUGCUGUGCGCCACCCUGGCCUGGAGGGAGAACUUCAAGGGCACCAUCUCUGCCCGGAAGAUAGCAGAGAGGCUGGGCAAGGAGAUGUUUCCAAACACACCUCUGUCUUCCUGGGGGACAGCUGCCACUGAUGGUGACAAACCAACCUACUACACUGAUGUCCCCAAGAUCGUAUACGCAUCGAGGACACAUUCUCAGCUUGCACAAGUUAUUAGUGAGUUAAAGAACACUUCAUACAGGCCAAAGGUGUGUGUGCUGGGCUCAAGAGAGCAGUUGUGUAUUAACCAGGAAGUCAUGCGUCAGGAGAGCAACCACGUCAAAGUUCAUAUGUGCAGAGGAAAAGUUUCCACCAGGUCAUGUGUUUACUACAACAAUGUUGAAGAAAAGAGCACUGACAGAGAUUUGGUUAAUUCCAUCCUCGAUGUGGAAGAUUUGGUCCAAUUUGGCACCAAACAGAGAGUCUGUCCUUACUACCUGUCCCGUUCACUGAAACAACAAGCAGAUGUCAUUUUUAUGCCAUACAACUACCUGCUAGAUCCAAAGAGCCGCAAGGCACACAACAUCGACCUGAAUGGAGCUGUGGUUAUCUUUGACGAAGCUCACAAUGUGGAGAAGACAUGUGAGGAAUCAACAUCGUUUGAUCUGACUCCCUAUGAUGUAGCCUCGGCCAUCAAUGCUGUGGACAGGCUGCUUGUGGAGCAGGCUAAAGAAAUCAGCCACAAAGACUCUGUGAAUGAAGACGUCAAUGUAGAAUCCCUCAGCUCUGGUUUAAAAUUAGAUUUGUCCACCAUCGCUAAAAUCAAACAGAUACUACUGGAUCUGGAAGCUGCCAUUGAUUCCUAUGAGGUUCCAAGUGAUAAAGGCAUUACCAAACCUGGAAUCUUCAUCUAUGAGGUGUUAGAAAGAGCUCAUCUGACCUACAGCAACAAGACGGCAGUCUAUGAAGCUCUGGAGCAGAUCAGUGGAUACCUGGCAGGACAGCCCGGAAUAUUCCUCAAUACAAGUGGACUCCAGAAGCUGUCUGAUAUCAUACAGCUGGUAUUUUGUGGUGAACCAUCAGAGAAGGACAGACGGCACCAGAUGGAGACCAACACGGCUCAUUUUAAGGUUCAUAUCCAUCGGGACAACAGCGUUCACAAAAAGAAACAGAGUGUUGAUGUGUGGGCUUCAUCUUCAUCAAAAAAACAAGGAAAUAUUCUGAGUUACUGGUGCUUUUCUCCGGGCUUCAGUAUGCAGGAUCUGGUGAAUCAAGGCGUUCGCUGCAUCAUUCUGACCAGUGGUACCCUCUCUCCCCUGUCGUCUUUCACAUCUGAGAUGAGAAUAGAAUUCCCAGUACGUCUGGAGAACAGCCAUGUGAUUGAGCGGGACCAGAUCUUUGUGAGCAUCAUUGCACAAGGGCCUGAUGGAGCGCACCUAAGUUCAGCGUUUGAUCGGAGGUUUGUUCCUGAAAACAUGGCGUCUUUGGGCAACACUGUUGCUAACCUGAGCCGUGUGGUUCCUCACGGACUUUUAGUAUUUUUCCCUUCCUUCCCUUUAAUGGAAAAAACAUUGGAAUUCUGGAAAGCUAACGGACAUGCAAACCGCAUUGAGAACAUAAAGCCCAUGUUUGUUGAACCUAAAGGGAAGGGCACCUUUAAUGACGUUAUUGAUGGUUAUUACAGCAAAGUCAAUGAUCCAGCAUCCAAAGGAGGAUCCUUCUUUGCUGUGUGUCGAGGGAAGGCGAGCGAGGGUCUGGAUUUUGCAGACACCUAUGGUCGGGGUGUCAUCAUCACUGGCCUUCCUUUCCCUCCAAAGAACGACCCUCGAGUCAUCCUGAAAAUGCAAUUUCUGGAUGAGAUGAAUCGAAAGAAAGCUCCAGGGCUCAAGUACUUAUCAGGGCAAGACUGGUACAAACAGCAGGCUUUCAGAGCUGUGAAUCAGGCCAUCGGUAGAGUGAUUCGUCACAAGGAAGACUAUGGAGCGAUCUUCUUGUGUGAUCAGAGAUUUAAAAGUGCUGAUGCCCGGGCUCAGCUUCCAUCGUGGGUGAGGUCGUAUGUGCGCCUCUGUGACAGCUUUGGCAACGUGGUCCGUGAUGUUUCGCAGUUCUUCAGGAUUGCACAGAAAAUGAGGCCUGUGGUUGAGAAGAAGGCUCCAGCAGACAACUGUGCGACUGUGUGUUCAUCAGACACUCAGUCCUCCAGUUUCACCUCUUGCUCCUCCUCGCAAACGUCUCACACCCAGAAGGCCAAAGUGUUGGACACCUGCCUUCCCAGCCUGAAGAAGAGGAGACUCAAUGAGAACAGUGGAGCCAGUGGAAUGGCCAGCAUCUGCCAUGAGUAUGAGAGUGAGGUGCUGGACAAUCAGAGGAGACCAGCCAACCUGCUGGAUGCUUUGGAGCAAGGCAACCACAGCACUGGAGAGGACAGUGGUUUUACCAUGGGAGAGGAAAAGUACGAUAAGAGGAUGGAGGAUGAGUUGCGGGGUGGAAAACGUAAAAUCAAGUUGGUCCAAGAACAGAAGCCGAGUGUCUCUGAGGAUUUGUCUGAAGAAGGAAAAGCCAGCAGGGCUAAGAAAUUCCUGGCGGACAUGAAGAAGUCCCUGAGUCAGGUCAGCUUUGACCGCAUCAUACAGGCUCUGCAGACCUACAAAAAGACCGACGACCUGGAUCAGCUGCUGACUGAGACAGCAAUUUUAAGUGAAGACACUAAUACUCAGAGUCUCCUCCAUGGCUUCUACCAGUUUGUUCGCCCACAUCACAAAAAGAGGUUUGAUGAAAAUUGCCAGGAGCUGACAGGGAAGGGCUGUGGAUACAAACCUGAUCACACUCUGUCCAAGGAUGAGAAGAAGACUGUAAUGCUGCAGAACGGUUCUGCAUCAAAGAAUGAAGUCCACACUACUUUUCUGACUGAUGUGAAAAAAGCUCUUGGAGCAGAGAGAUCGACACAGCUCUUUCAGGCUAUUCACACCUACAAAAAGACAGACAACUAUGAAAAACUGGUGACCACAGCAGUGAGCUUAUUCACUGAGAGAGAUGAGAACUUCGGCCUUCUUGUCAGAUUUGGUAUGUUUAUUCGUCCUAACCACAAGAAGCAGUACAAAGACAUGUUGGAUGGCUUGAUAGGUCAGCCAGUCUCUGCUCCUGAUGUUCCUGUUAUGAUUGAGGAGCAGCAAGAACAACCGGAAGCUUCGCUGUUGUCUCCUUUGAGGUCCCAAAGCAAGAUUUCCAGUUUUUUCUCAAGCAGCCAAAGAAGAUAGAAUGCAAGUGAAUGCUAAAUGAAUAGUCCAGAAUUCCGUAUUGAAUUCAGGUUAUUAUAGUUCAAACUAACUUGAGUCAAAUUUCUAUGUCUGUCUUCAGUGACCAUCCCAGGAACAAGUCUGUUCCUCUGCUGAAAACAAAUCAGAGUAGAUCUUUUUUUUUUUUAAACUUGUUCUUGAUGUUUGAUGUUUUGAAUGUAACUGUAAAUAAAUUGGCUUUCUUUCCAUGUGAUGAAAUGUAAAUCUGAUAUGGAUAAAUAAAAUCUUUUUCAUUUUUUAAGAUAAUUGAAUUGAUGAAAUAUU